UCUUUAAUGCUUCCCUAAUUGGGUCGAGUUGUGUACACUGGUUGUCAACAACUUUUUGUUAUAGUUGCAUUUAUCUUUUUCUAAAUUCUGCAUAAAAAUGCCGGAAUUUUGGAUAACGGAAAGUGUUAAAGAUCGUGCAUUUGAGGAUAUGUACACCGUCCAAAAGGAAUUGGGCAGUGGAGCAACUUCAAAAGUUUUCAAAUGCACUCACAAUGGAACUGGCCAGCCGUGGGCAGUGAAGAUCAUUAACAAAAAGGUUGACAGAAAGGUUGUGAGCACAGAAAUUGGAAUACUUCUGAAAAUCAAACAUGAAAAUGUGAUUAGAAUGAAGGAAAUUUACGAGACCCCUACCCAGAUACUGCUUGUUUUAGAGCUGGUAACUGGAGGAGAAUUGUUUGAAAGGAUCGUUAACAGGGGGCACUAUUGCGAGAGGGAUGCUGCCUUGGCCGUUAAGGAGAUGUUAGUCGGUGUCAAGUAUCUGCAUGAAAAUGGGAUUAUUCACAGAGACUUAAAGCCAGAAAACUUGUUGUAUGAAAGCUCUGCAGCCGAAGCAAAGCUGAAAAUCGCUGAUUUUGGGUUAUCAAAGAUAAUUGGAGCUCAAGUAACCACGAACACAGUGUGUGGCACCCCUGGAUACUGUGCCCCAGAAGUUGUGAAGGGCCGUCUGUACAGCACCCAGGUGGACUUGUGGAGCAUUGGGGUCAUUGCAUACAUUCUGUUGUGUGGUUAUGAGCCAUUCUACCAUGACGAUGAACAACAAAUGUACAAGAAGAUUGUGAAGGGAGAUUAUGAGUUUGACUCUCCGUACUGGGACAACAUCACCACCAAUGCUAAGGAUCUGAUCAGUAAGCUGCUGAAGGUGAACGUGAAGGAGAGGCUGACUGCCGAUGAGGCGCUGCGUCACCCGUGGGUCCGGGGCAUCGCAGCGUCGGGCGAACACAUGGACUAUGCACAGAACAACAUCAAGAAGUUCAAUGCCAGGAGGAAAAUGAAGGCCCUGACCACUAUAGGCCUGGUGCUAGGAGAGCAUUUCGGGGACAACAUCAGCACGAUGACACUCGUGCCCCACUCCACCAGCGAUAUCUCGAUGGAUGUGCAGAGAAAUCCUGAGAAAUAUAUGGAAGAAUAGUCACCAUCAGCUAUGGAAGAAUACCCCCCCCCCCCCGGUAUACAUUUGUAUGAGGUGUAAUUAUUGACUUUGUUAUAGCAAGCUGAGAUGGUUGCAUGCAUAUAAUUCUGAUCUUCCACCCACAUAUGUGCUGACUGGUGUCAGUGAUUUGUAUUGAAAUAGUUCUGUGUGCUGAACUUAAAAACAAUUGAUUGAAAUACUUAUUAUGUAAUUGUGAGACAGAUUGUAUUUAUUUGCUUCAUUUUAUAACUAUGUUGUUUUACAUGCAUAGAUGUGUUUUCUUUUUUAUUCUAUCUGUUAUGUGUGGUUUCAACAUGCUGACAUAUUUCAAACAAUUUUUAGUUCAAUUAAUAAUAAAUUAUUAAUUUUAAUGUUGAAUGUCUUUAUAUAUACAAAAUAUAUUGUGAUACUUUUAUUCACAUCAACUUUAAAAAUGCCCACUUCACAUAAAUGUUUAAUAGGCUUUAUGGAAUUAUUUUGGUUUCACACCAAUUUUUUUGUAAAACUAUUCAAAAGGUUUACAACAUAGAGUUUGUGAUUUUUGUAAUUGUUUUAGAUAAUACAGUAAUAAACAAAUGUUGAAACUAAAUUAUUUCUUUUUCAUAUAUUGUGCCACUUGUAAAAACUGUGAUAUUGUCAUAAUAUGUUGUAACCAUGUACCCAAUAUUUUGUAGUAAUUGAUUAAUGAAUGUAUUACUUAAUAUGUAAUUAUGUUUAAAAAUAUUGUAUGGUAUUAGUUUUAAAAUCUGAAAAUUGUUAAAUUUAUAGUUUUAGUUACUACAAUUGUUUCACUUUUGACAGCAUUUAUUACGUUAUUUAGUUACUGGACAUCACAUGCUUGAGGUUUUAUAUAAAUGUGUGAUAAGCUAUUUAUCAGAACAGAA